AGAGAUAAGAAUAUCAGAAAUGAUUGGCCAGAGAUCUCCGACCUCCUCCCUGGCAACCAUGUAAGAGACGAUUUCCAGAUGUGCAGAGACAGACGAAAGAAGACCGCGCCAGAGAUACACCGCUCCGAGAGGGGGCUACAAGACACCGCAGAGACAGAUCUGCUACGAAGAGAAACUGAACAAGAGACGAACCUGGAAACGAAGCCCGCCCAAGGGCAGAACAAGAGAACAAUUCAGAAGAAAAAGCUGUAAUUUACCAACAUAGAACUUUUCUGACGAAGCCCCACCAGAGAACAGACUGAAAACUCCACCCACAAAGAACUGGAGCCCGGCCUCUGAGGAGCAGAAUUGGAAUGGCAGCCCCAAGGACUUUCCUGAUCCUCCUUGUCACGGAGCUGACACUCAUCUCCUCAGAAAGGCUUUUCCACGCCCGGGAUCGCUCCGAUAUCCAGACAAGGCUGAGGGACAAAGCCGACUCCAUCCUUACAAGAGAAUAUGCUCAGAACUAUCUCUGGAAGUAUGGCUGGAUUGAACCCGUCCGCUGGGACUCUAUGCCAUUCCGUGGAGUCCCAGCAACCUCAGAGGAGAACGUUGCUCCUCCAGAUAUUUCCACCCUUCUGAGUGAAGGAGAGUCAUCUUCCCAGCCAGAGACUCCUCAAGGUCCAGAACCAACGCUAAACCCGAGAUUUAUUGGAGCACUAAAAAGAUUCCAGGAGGCCAAGGGGCUGAGAGUGACGGGGGAGCUGGAUGACGCCACUCGGGAGGCCAUGAACGCUCCCCGCUGUGGGGUUCCUGACCGCAAGGUCACAGAAGUAGAAAAAUUCGAUAGUGUCAAAAGACUCAACCGUGACCCGUCAAAGGAUGAGGCUGAAGACCCCCAUCCAACCACCACAGGGGCCACCAUCUCUACAAAGCAACUUACGAGGCAAGUUCCUCCACAGGAAGAAAACAACUUGGACCUUCGACUGUCACAGCACGUCAGGAAAAAGCGGAGCCACCUCUUGAAAGCUGGGAAAAAAAGGGGGGCCUUUUCCAAGCCAACCAUUAAGUGGAGGCUUCUGGGUGAAGGCUACAGCGUGUGGCUAACGAUCGACCAACAACGUUCCAUAUUAAUGCGAGCGUUCCGAAUCUGGAGCGAGGUGGUUCCCCUCAACUUCGAAGAAGACCUCACCUCUCCGGCCCAUCUUAUCGACAUCAAGUUGGGUUUUGGGACUCGCCGCCAUCUUGGCUGCUCUCAGCUCUUUGAUGGGAUGGGCAGGGAGUUCGCUCACGCCUGGCAACUCGGUGACAUUCAUUUUAAUGAUGAUGAACAUUUUGUGCCCCCGAACAGUGAGCAGGGGAUCAGUCUCCUGAAGGUGGCGGUACACGAGAUUGGACAUGUCCUGGGCCUCAGUCACAUGAACGAGGUGAUGUCAGUCAUGCAGCCAAGCUACAUUCCAGCCAAUAGUAAGAUGGAGCUGGACAUGGCUGAUCGCCGGGCCAUUCAGAAGAUUUAUGGUCGCUGUUCGGGUCGGUUCAGCGCGGUAUUUGAUUGGGUGCGCAAAGAUGACGUUGUUCCGGGCAGUUGGGUUUUCCAGACAUUUUUCUUCAGGAAAGGCUGGUACUGGAUGUAUGAAAACCGCAGUAACCGGACCCGGUACAGAGACCCCCGGAAACUGGCCACUGGCUGGAAUGGGAUCCCCUCUUCCGACAUUGAUGCCUUCGUUCAUAUCUGGGCUCGGGACAAAGACCUGACCCUCUUUUUUAAAGGUACUCAAUACUGGCGUUAUGACAAUGAGAACGAUCGGGCUUAUAAACAGGACCCUGAGGGAAUAACUUACCCCCGACUCAUCUCCGAAGGCUUCCCCGGCAUCACCGGUCCCAUUGACACAGCAUUUUAUGACCGCAGGGAUAGAAAUGUCUAUUUCUUCCGAGGUAGAAAUGUGACCGCUUUCAGUGUGGCCAGUCAGAAGGUCGUCCCCGGCUACCCCAAGGCCAUCACCGACGUCUUCCCUCCAUGCACCCCUGGAGACCACCCCCUGAGUGACCUGGACGCCGUGUACUUCUCCUUCGCCCACCAGACCAUAUUCUUCAUCAAGGACUCCUAUGUGUGGAGGCUGGCCAGGAGCAAAGACAACCCGGACCUUCCCCAUAAUGCAUUGCUUCCACGACUCCCAGUCAACGAGCAGUGGCUGGAUAUCUGUGAUGUUCAUCCCUCGAUGCUUACAGUCCAAAGAAGAUGAACUCUGACUAACGGACCAAUAAUAUGGAGCCAACACAAGAUUCUGAGGGCCCCUGUUUACCAAAUACUGAGCCAACACAAGAUUCUGAGGGCCCGUGUUCACCAAAUACUGAGCCAACACAAGAUUCUGAGGGCCCCUGAUCACCAAAUACUGAGCCAACACAAGAUUCAGGGGGCCCCUGUUCUCCACAAUACUACUGAGCCAACACAAGAUUCUGAGGGCCCCUGUUAACCAAAUACUGAGCCUACACAAGAUUCAGGGGGCCCCUGUUCUCCACAAUACUACUGAGCCAACACAAGAUUCUGAGGGCCCCUGUUCACCAAAUACUGAGCCUACACAAGAUUCAGGGGGCCCCUGUUCUCCACAAUACUACUGAGCCAACACAAGAUUCUGAGGGCCCCUGUUCACCAAAUACUGAGCCUACACAAGAUUCAGGGGGCCCCUGUUCUCCACAAUACUACUGAGCCAACACAAGAUUCUGAGGGCCCCUGUUCCCCACAAUACUACUGAGCCAACACAAGAUUCUGAGGGCCCCUUUCUCCAUACAAAGGUCACAAUGACACCACAGACUGAGCCAAGGGUUCUAUCUGUAGAUGGCGCUUUAUGUGGAUUACAAUAUUUUGUCUUCCAGAGAAUGACUAAAGAUACCAACAGUCUUGGUGCCGGGCUGUUAUAACCCCGGACACCCUGGGGGGGGGGGGGGGGGGUCUGCAGGCUGAAAUAAUGGCCACUCUUCUUCCAUGCCCACCUAUCCUCUCAUUCCAUCCCCUCCCCCAUUAGCACUUUAUAAUGUCUGAUGAGAUUCAGUAGCAUAGAAACCCACCAGACAUCUGAUGUUGGGUGCAGCUUCUAGCAUCUGGUGGGAAGCCUCCAGUAUAUAUCCUGGCAAUCGCAAGAACUGGGGCAAAGUUAUGGACAUGCUGUACUUCUGUAGAUGUUAGAGGGCCCAGCCAGUCGUUGGGUCCUCCAGAGGUAGCAGCCAGAGGCGGCGCUUUAAUUAGGCAAAUUAGGCGGUCGCCUAAGUCCUCGCACUCACAGGGGCCUCACGACUGCCUAAUUUGCCUGACUGAGGAAGGGGAGAGCACAGCAUCGGGAAGAAUGAUGGCACUGCCUGCGGAUGUGCGGGACCAAUCUCCUCAUGCAAGGACUCGACACUAAAAAUUUAAUAUUUUUUCCCAUUAUGGGCGUCAGUGGGGCCUCAUGACUAAGUCUUGCUUAAGGCCUCACAAAGCCUAGCGCCGCCUCUGGUAGCAGCAGCAAACCUGAGAUCUGCCCCAGGCUGAGGAGCUCCACCAUGAACUGCCACAUCCACUGUUUUGGCAGGACUAUGUAUACAAGAAGAGCGCCCCUAGUGGCCCCUUACUGAUCUCAUCCUAGACGUGGGCCCCUGCGUGAAAUAAUCAGCAUGGCGAGCUCUAGAUAUGUAAUACCUGAAUACGACGUUCCUUCAUUUUAGGAAAAUCUCAGACAGACAAGGCAAUGUUUUACUGCUGCAAUAAAUUAUCAUAUUAAUAA